AUGGCAUCAGAAUACCAUGAUCAAAGGAUACUUGCAGAGCUCGAUAAGGGCUUUAUGCUCUGGGAUUGGAAGUUGCAGGGCUUUUCGCUUGCCGAGAGCGAGGAGUUCGUUUGGCCCAUGCCGGGUAAGCAAAGCUCCCAACUGCUGCGCAGCGAAACACCGCGGGCGAAGCAAAGAAGGAGGAAAGCUGCUCUCGCGGUGGCUUCUGACGGAGAGUUCUUGGGAAUGCCCCCGCAAGCGGAGGAGUUGCUGGAGCUCGGCAUGCCAGACCUCGGCAGUGUCGCCGGGGGCCUGGGGCGGCAGGCGAUUUGCACCUUCAAGUCUCUGAUGAUUGCUGCCAUGAAGAUGUGCGCCUUCUGCUACAUCCUGGUGACCACAGCUGUGAGCAUGUACUGUGCUGUCUCCUACUCCUUGCCAUUGGCAUCGCUGAUCAUCGGCGUUGUAGAUGGCCUGGCCGCCGGCGUGGCCAAUGUGCAGUGUCCCGAAAGCUUCGUAUUUCCAUUGCCCCAUGCAAUCCCACUGUAG